AUGGACGGGCGUGUCACCGGGUCGGAUGCCGUCGUGUUUUUCCAGCGAUCUGGGCUGCCUAAGGAGGUCCUGGCUCGAGUGUGGGACCUGGCCAACUCGUCCAGGGCCGGGUUCUUGGACAGACUGGCGUUCCACAAAGCCAUGGAUCUCAUCUCGAUAGCGCAGCAGGGCAACCAGGUCUCCAAAGAGAGCUACCUGAAUGCCAUGAACGAGGGCAUCCCCCUGCCCCAAAUGGCCGGCCUCGACGCGCCCCCCGAGGCGUUCGCCGGCGCAAACGGCGGCGGCGGGAGCGCGCUCGGGAGCGGUGGCGGCGCGGGCCCGUCGCCGAUGCCGUCGCCGCGGAGGUCGGCGCCGGGGCCCCCGGAUCCGGUUGAGACUCGACAGGCGCCGCGGCGGGGCGGGGCCGGGGGCGCUUCCAAGAAGAUCCCCGGGCGCGUGGUGACGUCGGUGGUUGAUGGCCUGAAGAGCAUAUACUUCAACAAGGUUCGACCCUUGGAGGAGGCGUUCAAGUUCAGCAGCUUUUUCAGCAGCCUGCUGCACGAGAGCGAUUUUGAGGCGAAGCCGUCUGUGCUGCUGGUGGGGCAGUACAGCACCGGCAAGACCACGUUCAUCAAGCCAGACAAGCCCUACCAAGGCCUGUCCCUCUUCGGCACGGGGUUCCUGUCGCGGUUCGAGGGCUCUCAGUGUCCCAGCCGCCUGCUGGAGGAGAUCACAAUCGUGGACACACCCGGGGUGCUGUCGGGGGAGAAGCAGAGGAUAGAGCGCCAGUACUCGUUCAUCGACGUGUGCGAGUGGUUCGCGUCGCGCUGCGACCUCAUCUUGCUGCUGUUCGACCCCUUUAAGCUAGACAUCAGCGACGAGAUGCGGCAGGUGAUCCACGCCCUGAGGGGCCACGACGACAAGAUUCGCGUCGUACUCAACAAGGCCGACCAGGUGGACCAGCAGCAGCUGAUGCGCGUGUAUGGCGCGCUGAUGUGGAGCCUGGGCAAGGUGUUUAAAACGCCAGAGGUCUGCAGAGUGUACAUCGGCUCCUUCAACGCGGACGCCCCCAUCAACAAGGCCAAGAACCCAGAGUGUGUGGGGCUCUUCGAGAAGGAGCACGCCGCGCUGCUGGACGACCUGUACGAGGUUAGGACCAUGAUCUGA